CAGCGGCGGUGGCCGCAGCCGUCGAAAUGAGCGCUCCCGGGAAAGCGCGCCGCGAGCGAGGCAGCCUGGCCGAGUACGAGACGCAGGUGAAAGAAAUGCGCUGUCAGAUGGGGGAACAAGUCCGGGGCCUUGACUCCCAGGCCGAGAGUCGGCAGCAGCUACUCCAGGAUGUGGCUGACUUCUUGCGCCGGAAAGCUGAGGUGGAGCAGGAGUAUUCCCGGGGACUGGAGAAGCUGUCUGAACGCUUCUCAGCUAAGAUCCGUGGCUCCAAGGAACACCAGAACUUCAGGAAGGACCAAAACCUUCCAUCCCCCUUGAAUUGCUGGUACACGAUCCUCAACCAGACACGGCAGGCGAGCCGGGAUCACGGGGCGCUGAGUGAAAUCUACACGGGCCACUUGGCACUGCGGUUGAUGCACAUCAGCGAGGAUGUGGGACGAUUGGCCAGGAAAAGCAAAGAGAUGGAACAGCAGAUGCAAGAUGAACUACUGAAGGCAAUUUCAGAGCUGCAGACAGCCAUGAAGACGUACCAGUCGUACCGCAUCGACUGCUUGAAUGCAGAGGCAAAGCUGCGUGAGGCUGAGCGGCAAGAGGAGAAGCGCAGCGGAGGGAAGCACCCUGAUCCUGGGGGGUCCCCUGGAGGGGCCGGGCUGGACAAGACACCCCGUCGCACCUCACUCCGGAAGGUUGAACGGCUACUGGAAAAGAGGCAGUCUAAGUUCCUGGAGAGCAAGCUGAAGUGUGCCAAGGCCCGGAACGACUACCUGCUGAGCCUCUACGCCGCCAACGCCGCCAUUGGCAACUAUUACGUGCAUGACGUGGCUGACCUGCUGGAUUGUUUCGAUCUUGGCUUCCACCUUUCCCUGGGCAAGGUGCUGAGGACUUACCUAGCGGCAGAAUCUCGGGCUCAAGCAUCUUGGCAACAGGGACUGUGCACUAUUGAAGGAGCUGUGGAUGCCCUGGACCCACUGGGGGAUAAGUCCAGACUGAUGGAGGCUAACCCAUCAGCUUACUGCCCUCCUCAGUGCUUCGACUACCAGCCUCAUGAGGGUGACGAGGUGUCUGAAGUCCGGGCUGAGGGUCCCCUGAGAAACGAACUAGUCUCCCGCUUCCAGCAUAUACAAUCUCGCCUCAAUGCUAUCACCCUGGAGACAGAUGAGGUGAACAAGACCUUGAAAGCUACUCUGAAAAGCCUGGUGGACCUGCUGCAAGCAGAGGAACCGGAGGCCCUUGAUGCUUUCCAGGGCUGCCAGUCCACCGAGUCACUCAAGUCAACAGGCUCAGAUGCAGGCGGCAAACAGGCACUGGCAAAGCGCCGGGCCAACCAGCAGGAGACAGAGAGCUUUUACAUCAUGAAAUUCAAAGAAUAUCUCUCCGGCCGAAGCAUUCAGACAAAACUGCGAGCAAAGCACGACCAGAUGAAGGAAGCAAUAGAGAAGGGUGCUGCAGUGGAUAGAGAACUAGCCAGGCCACAGUCCCAGCGCAUCCGCCGUUCCCGCCCUCCCUCGUGCUACCAUCACAAGCUCUUCGAGGGUGACCUGCAGGCCUUUUUGGAGAGCUCAGGCCAGGCUGUUCCGCUUGUGGUGGAGAGUUGUAUCCGCUUCAUCAACCUCCAUGGGCUCCAGCAUGAAGGUAUUUUUCGAGUGCCAGGGUCCCAAGCACAGGUAGCAGAGAUUCGGAAUGCCUUUGAGAAAGGUGAAGACCCACUUGCAGAUGGGUUCACACAGCAUGACCUGGAUUCAGUAGCUGGAGUGCUGAAACUGUAUUUUCGGGGACUGGAGAAGCCUCUCUUUCCUUGUGAUAUUGUUCCUGAGCUGCUAGCAACAGCCCAACUGGAAUCCUCCGCUGAGCGCAUCUCCCACCUUCGAGCUCUGGUCUCCCAGCUCCCGGCUGCUGUGCUGGUGGUUCUGCGGUACCUGUUUGCCUUCCUCAAUCACUUGUCUCAGUACAGCGACGAGAACAUGAUGGACCCCCACAACCUAGCUGUGUGCUUCGGCCCCACCCUGGUGACGGUCCCUGCAGGCCAGGAUGCAGUGUCGGUGCAGCCCCACAUCAACGAGGUGGUGAAGUGCCUGAUCGUGCAUCAUGAGGCCAUCUUCCCCGGAGCCAGCCAGCUGCCGGGGCCCCAGUAUGAGAAGGUCAUGGCACUGGCAGAGGAGUACUGUGAUGUGCUACCGCUGGAGGCCACAGCCGAGGAGCCCGAGACAGAGGGGACCCCGGAAACCCCCGCUAGUGAAGAUGAGUGCGACUCCCAGCCCGAGAGUGUUCCCCGCUCUGCUUCUAUCACUCAACAGGAGGAGCGGUUUGUGCCACAGCGAAUAGCUGCAGUUGGCUGGCGGCGAGCUGAGCGUGGUGGCAACCGGGGACUAGUGCCUCCCAUUGUUUUGUCGGACAGCGAGAAACAGUCUAGCCCCCGGAGUUCCAGGUUAGAGAUUGACACGGGACCCUCCCUGGAUGAGCUACUCCUUGAACCCGCCAGCAGGCUACGGGUGAAUUCAGAUGCAAGCAGUGGGGGGCGCCAGCGUGGUGGGAGCAGCCCCAUACGCAAGCUGGCAUCACCCUUCAUGGAUGGGGGCCGUCUGCCCUUCCCCCUCCUGCCCCCUGCCCACUCUCGGACCUUCCACCCUACCGAAAGGCCAGAGCGCUGGGCCGAAGUCCCCCCACGGCCCUGGGGAGGCAACAGCUCUGAGAGGCAGGGGGCAACAGAGAAGCGUGUGGAAGUAGACAAGGAGGUUGCCAGAAAUAUGGAUUCUGUGUUCAAGGAACUUCUUGGAAAAACUAGCUUGAAGCACAUGGGGGCUGAUGACCCCUUCAACCACCCUGAACCACCAGACACCCUGAAGAGCAACCCGGGCAGCAGGAAGGCUGCCACCCCUGCCAAGCAGGCCUCUGCAAACAGGAUGCUUUUGCGGGGCAGGGUGGUUUUCAAAUCCUCGGGGAAUGGAGAGUGAACCAGACUUGGGGUGGGGGAAGGUGUCCCCAGGUUGACCUGCCCAAUACUGUGAUUAUAUCCCCCCCACUCCCCUUCAUAUUUUGAAUGCCAGCUCAGGGCAGAUGUCUCCCUUUCUCUCAGCCCAGUUGCAAAAUGAUUUUGGAGAGUGGUGGGAAAGUUGAUGAUCUGAUUUUAAUCGGAGCUUGAUUUCCAAGCCAAACGUUUAAGGGGCAUUUGCUUUAUCCAGUGCUCCCAUGCACUGGUGGCGAGUCUGAAGGUUUUGAUGUUGUGGAUGUGGGUGGAUGCUUAAACAUAUAGCAACCUUUUAAGAGUUGUGCUUGGGCCUGGCACCCCACCCAUUCAGUCUCUCCUUGGCUACAAAAGGUUUGCACUUGGAUUUGCAUGUGAAAGCGGUGAGACGGGCUGGGGUCCAAGGGACCCAUUUCUUGGUUCUGUUCUUGGCUGUGGGAGGGGAAUAUUGUCUAGUGGGUUACGAUGCAAAUGUUGAAAGGGAGGGCUGUCUCUUGUACGUGUGUUCUGUUCCUAACACGCUUCACACAGGCCUUCGCCAGCCGUGUGCUCCUCUUUCUUCCUCCUUCCAGCCCCCCGCGACGAAUCCCAUGGUGCUUUACACAUUUGUCUGAAUUUGUAAACUCUUCCUUCACACUCUCCCUGGUGCAACCUCAUCCAUCCCUGCACGCAUCACCCUCCUACAUUGGGGCAAUAAGUAAGGGGAGAUAGUUGGGGUGGGAAUUCAUGUGCCAAUUCUUUUCCCUACAUACAAGGUUCGGUUUAUUCCUUCCCCCUCUGCACACACUUUUAAAAAAAGUCUUAACCGCUCAGUAUUAAUCAGGGCUGUGUGUACUUUUUGCUUCAGAAUUCUGUGCAAAGAAAAGCUGAAUUCUGCGAUCUGUAUAAAUCAUGCAAAUUAAGCAACCUUGCGGGGAUUCUCUUAUUUUUUUAUAAUGUAUUCUGAUCGUGUUAGUGGAAUGUUGAGGUGGGAGGAUAUACAGGGCCCCGAAAUCCCACUGUCUGGCUACUGGAAAUCUUACUUGGGCAUUUCCAAGAUUUCAAUACAGAUUGAACCCCCACUUUCAAGCAUAUCUUUGCAGCCAUUUCAACUAGAUAUUUGCUCUUAAGAAAGAUAAAACUGCGAUUCUAUGCCCAAUAUACCCUCCUGUGUUUUUGUUUUUCUGUGUCCCCGCAGAAUUGCAGUGUACACACGGCCCUGGUAUUAACCUCUUCUCCAUGACCAGAGAUGGUUCCGUACUGUGAUAUUCCUCGCUGUCUCUUUAACCUUCUGUCUCUUGCAAUAAACUGGAUUUGUAAGCUCUCCGCAAAGAGUGCCCGCCAGUCGGGAUUUUAUACAGAAUAAACAAGACACUGAAGGAUUGCUUGGGCUUUAUUUGCA